AUGCUAUGGCUGCUGCUAUCUGUCCUUUCUUCCGCGGUCGCGUUGUACGUUCUGAACUCAGCACAUACGCCUAGUAACAAUGGCCGUCCACUCCCUCAUCCAUCAGACACGCUUCCGCUGCUCGGAAACGCCAUCCGCUUUCUGCAACCUCGCCACCAGCUAUUCACAUGGUUCUUGACCCAGCAACGUCAGUUCAGCGGUCAGACGUAUGCUAUUUCGGUUCCUUCAUUACCACCUGGGGUAGUUAUUUCCAGUCCCGAAAACCUCGAGUUCGUGCUGAGGAACGAGUCACUCGUGACUAAAGGCGACUUCUUCCGGACACGGGCUUGGGAUCUGUUUGGCCAUGGAAUUAUCAACGCUACGGGCCCGCUAUGGAAAGCGCAACGAAAGGCUGGACUGCGCUUUUUCAGCGGUGAAACCCUUGAUGUCAUGGUCGAGGAGGUCCUGCCGGAGUUUUGGACGGAUAUCGUGGAGAAGAGACUCGAUGAGGCUUCUGCCACAGAUUAUAAAGAAUGGACGACCGUGGACCUACAACACGUCUUCCAUGACCUGACCACCGCAAUCAUGGGACAGAUGGCAUACGACAUCCCUGCCCUCAACAGCUCCCAUCCCUUUUCCAGAGCCUUUGACUUUGCAAGCGGCUGGACAGCUACCCGCUUCCAGAACCCCCUUUACACUUUCACCGAGCUUUUUAACGGCGGCAAGUUUCGCAAAGCCGUCGCCGAAGUCAAACACUUCGGCCUACAGAUCGUCGCCCGCGCAAAACGCCGUCGCGGCAACCGCGCCUUCGAGUCCCUAGUCGAAGGAAAUGACGCCCCACAGUUCAAUACCCUUAUCGACUCCCUCAUCGAAGCAAUUGACAACCCUACCAUCGUCGCCGACUCAGCAAUGAACUUCCUUAGCGCCGGUCGCGACACGACGGCCGAGAGCCUGACCUGGACUACAUAUGCUCUUCUUCGACACCAGCCCGUCCUCUGGCGCCUCCGCCAGGAAAUCACAACGGCUUUCCCAAUCGGCACCCAGAACCUGACGCUUGCCUCCCUUCAGCCGUCCACCAUCCCAUACAUCCUCGCUACCUUCUACGAGUCCCUCCGCCUGUACCCCCCCGUUCCGCUCGAGAUCCAACAAUGUGAGGCCGAUUGCACACUCCCAGACGGAACCUUCCUCCCCAAGUCCUCCGUCAUCGUGUUCUGCAUCUGGGCCCUCAAUCGCUCCGUUGACCUCUGGGUUGAGGAUGCAGAGCAGUUCAGACCUGAAAGGUGGCUCGACGACGAUGGUAAGUUCGCGGGGAGAUCCGCGUGGGACUUUCCUGUAUUCAAUGGCGGGCCGCGGGCGUGUUUGGGAAGGAAGAUGGCAGAGGUGUUGGGGUGUUGGGUCUUGGUCAGGCUGGUGGAGGAUUGGGAUGUGGAGGAAGUCAGGGAUGGACAUGGGGACAGGGUCAGUGCGAUAAGUUUGACGUUGCCCAUGAAGGGGGGCCUGCCCGUCAGGGUCAGAAGGCGUGCGACGGCUGCGACAGCCGCGGAGAUGUAG